AUGGUGGUGAUGAAGCAAUGGCAACCACAGACUCACCAUCUCAAGGCCAUGGAGGCAGAGGAGGCCCCAGAGGUUCUUACUGAGGAGGAAGAGGCAGGGGCACUAGACCUCAUCCCCCAUGCUGGAACUGCAAUUCAUGAGAACACUUCAAAGCACAGCACUGCUCAUGCUGCCAAUGGAUCUGCAAAUGCAACUGCUAACUCCAACUCUGAGAGUGAUGGAGUAUUCACUAUUGACAAACUAUCAGAACUGGAAACUAACAGUUCAGUACCAGAUUUGCUCACCCUCUCUGAAUCCUCCUAUAAUGACGAUUACCCUUGUGACUCAAUGUCAGAUGAUAACUCAGAAGACUGUUUCUCUGAAGUGAGGGAUGACACUGCUUUUUUGGAUGACCCUGACUGGACAGAUGUUGGGAGUCUGAGCAAUGAUGAUGAGAUCAUUGCUGAAGUUAACAAUGAACAAAGAAGUGAUGGACCUAUCAUCGAACUCUAUGAUUCUGGAUCCAUGCAUCACAUCUUGCCAUUCAAGAAAAACUUUGAUACCCUCUCUACCAUCCCUCCAAAGUCAUUCACAGCCACAAAUAAGCAAUCAUUCAAUGCUAUAGGAGCUGCUACUUUCACAGGUGGAAAGUGCAUCCUCCAUGACCCUGCCAAGGAAGUCAUCAGACAAAUCCCAAAGACAUCAAAGGGUCUGUACCACAUCAUACAUGACGAGAGCAGUGGAAGCGUACAUGCUGCAAUAGAGACUCCGCAUGGGCCAUAUUGCACCCAGCGCCACUCAAAGGCUUGCUAA